GCUCCCGAGAGAAACUAUGACAUUGAAGAAGAUGGAAACUUGUCUAUUUUCUCGACCAAAGUUCAAAAAAAGGUCAAAGGAGGCGUAUUCUUGACGAAGUUAUUCUGAGGCUGGAGGUGAAGUUCAAUAUUGUCAAUGUGGGAGACAUUGUGGUGAGAGGUCAUAUUUGGAGGCAAUUCAUGAGGAUUGUGAAGGGUAGAAGAAGCUAUUACCGGAAGGUAUACCGUCGCUAUAAUGAAACAGCAAAGGAGCAUAAACCACGUUGUCUAGAUCAACAGAUAUGGUAUGACUUAUGUGACUACUGGGCCACUCCAAAAGUACAGGCACUAUGUGAUAAGAACACGGAAAACAGGAAUAUGGUCCAGCAUGUCAAUUGCCAAGGA